AAUAACUACCAACACGGAAAAACAAUUUUGCCCUUCUUGUGGCAGUGCUACUUUAAUUCGCACGUCAGCCAGUACGGAUAUGAACGGCAAGGUUACUUAUUAUUUAAAAAAGAAUUUUCAAUAUAAUCUACGUGGAACUAAGUAUUCAAUACCAAAUCCAAAAGGUGGUCGUCACGCCAACAAUCUUAUUCUUCGCGAAGAUCAAAAAGAGUAUCAAAAUGCCUUAAAGAGUCAUCGUAAGCAAAAAGAAGUGGAUAUAUUUGAUCCUGAUUAUGUUCCCAAACUUUUCAUUGGAUCAGGAUUUUCCACUUCUUGUGGAGUUCCAGUGAUUGGUUAUGGUCGUAGAAAUCCUAACGAAACCAUACGAGGAAAGGGGAAAGGAAAGAAAAGACGAUGA